UUGGGAAUCGAGGAUGAAGGGGGUCACGUGAGACGUGAGAACUCGUAGGUAAAGACAGCGUGCUGUGAUCUGCCGACAGAUGUCUGUUUUAACAGCAGGAACGCUGACAGGUGAACAGCAGGUAGCAGCUGAGCAGCACUGAGAACUGGACAGAUUGAAACUGAGAGGAAUACAUUUGUAUCUCAGUGGUCUCGUGAUGCUCAGGUAAAACGAACCCAUGGACCCUGAGUAUUUCAAAUCCUAUGAGAUGUGUUGGGGCACCCUUGGAACAGUGCGACCCUUCUCCAAUUUCCACCCUGACAGAGAUGUUUUGGAGAUCCAAGCAGCGCUGCAGAAGAAAGAUGUGGUAACCCUGGUGAGAAUCUUGACCAAUCGGAGCAAUGCUCAGAGACAAGUGAUCGCCAGCACCUUUGAAGAGAUGACACAGAAGGACCUGGCAGCUGGUUUAAAGAAAGUGCUGGCUGGAGAUCUGGAGUCUCUGCUGCUGGACCUGCUGAUUCCCCCUGUGCAGUACGAAGCUCAACGCCUGCAGCAGGCCAUGGCGGGUUUAGGCACAGAUGAGGAAACACUAAUGGAGAUCCUGUGUACACGGUCUGGAAAGCAGCUUCAGGAAAUCAGUGCUGUGUACAAACAAUUGUACAAGAAAGACCUGGAGAAAGAACUGAAAGGAGAAACCAGUGGAGACUUUGCUAAGCUUGCUCUGGCUUUGCUAAAUAAAGAAAAUGUUCCCGGUGUGGUUCAGAGAGAUAUUGAGUCUCUCUCUGCGUCACUAAAUGGGAAGAAAGCUGAUGCAGGGCCGUGGAUUGACAUACUGACCUCUAGAGACACAGACCAUCUCAACAAAGUGUUGAUGGGACUGGAGCUGCAUACCGGACAGGUGGCAGAUGAAGUUGUGGAGAAGCGAUUCUCAGGAGACUUUCGACUGGGCUUGAAAGUUUUAGUGCAAUGCAUUCAAAAUCCUGAUGCCUACCUUGCUAAAAGACUGUCUGCCGCAAAGACACCGAUAUUGCAAGGCAUUAUGGUGUCUCACUCUGAGGAAGAUCUGCUGUGUAUUCGAGCAGCCUACCUUAAAUCAACAGGCACUUCUCUCUACACUGCUCUACAGAAACAGUUCAAAGGAGAUUAUCUACAGGCUCUGCUGGCCAUCUGUCGAUCUGAAGAUUAAACAAGCUACAAAUAUGUUCCAUUUUUUAAAUCAUUUAUAUCAGUCUAUGGUAGUGCACAAAUAAACUUCAUGUUCUGUUGCUACUUUUCAUA